AUGAAUGAAAAAGCGGUAGAACCAAUAAAAAAGAUCUACGACGUAUCGGAUUUGAAAAACUUUGAAAAAUCCAUAGCGUAUAAGGGUAUUCAACAAACAUUGAAUCAAAUACUUUUAUUAGUGCAAGAUGUUAAAGUGCCGCCAGGAGUAUUAAGCAAAUCUAUAGUGACUAGGGAGAGCAAUCAAUCUUCCAAUAUAAGUACAUUACCAGCCACUGCUUUUGAGCAAAAGGAUGAAUUUAAAUGUCAGGGAAAUAUUCAACUAAUACUAGACAUAUUUGACAAAUCCACAAUAUUAAUUAAUGAAACGGAACCAAUCAAAGGACCUACAAGGUUUGGAAAUAUAGCGUAUAGGGUAUGGUACGAAAAGAUGGAUCAAAUUUUGCCAGAAUUAUUAGAUCAACUACAUUACAAACAUCAUGACAAAGCUCAAUUUAUGACAGAGUUAAAAUAUUAUUUAAUUAAUUCAUUUGGAUCGAAAAUGAGACUUGAUUAUGGAACAGGUCACGAAUUAUCAUAUCUAGCAUUUAUUGGAGCAUUGAUUCAAAAUGAAAAUGUGCUUUCGAAGCCCACUGGUGAAGAAAUAUUGGUAUUAUUUGCCAAAUAUUAUGAUUUAAUACGAAAUUUGAUUUUAACUUAUAAUUUAGAACCUGCUGGAUCCCAUGGAGUUUGGGGUUUAGAUGAUCAUUUUCAUUUGAUUUAUAUAUUAGGAGCAUCACAAUUUUGUGAUGACAAAUUUGCUCCUUCGGUACGACAAGUGUUACUGAGUCAAGUCAUUAAUGCAUACAAAUUGUCAAAUUUAUAUGUAAAUGCUAUUGCUUUUAUUUUUAAAUUGAAAACUGGUCCAUUCAAUGAACAUAGUCCUAUAAUAAAUGAUAUCCAUAUGACAGUCAUACUGUGGAGUAAAGUCAGACAAGGUCUUUCAAAAAUGUAUAUGGUUGAAGUUUUAGGUAAGUAUCCAGUAAUUCAACAUUUUUGGUUUGGUGAAAAGUUGUACCCAUGGAAAGAUCACGAUGGUAAAACUUUACCAGUAUUUCAACCAGAAGAGAGUAAAAAAUCUACAAAAAAGAACCCUACAUCAAAUCAAAAUAUUCCGAUGACAGCUGCUCCGUGGGCUAACAGAUAG